AUGGUGCUGUCAUAUAUCGCACGAACGCUUUCUCAAAUACCUAACUGUUUCAAUACAGACGUGAGCUUUGGGGGUCGUAUUAGAAAAAGAUACUUGACUACGUUUAUCCCUCCCAGCACCAAAACUCCCAUUUUUAAGUACGGUGGGAACGAUGAUCAACGAAGCUUCUUGUCCCUAGUAUCCAGUGAACACUACGCUGAGGAUAUUGAGGAUGGCCUGCUGGAUGAUGCUUCGAUACAUUCCUUACCUGCUGAUAUGAAUGACAUCGAAUCUGACCCGGAACUACAAACAUUGUUUAGAGAAAGAUCGUCGUUGUCAUUGGCAUCGAUCAGUACCCAUGGAUUUCAAUCAGAGGAGGAUAACAAAGGAGAUGAGCAGGAGGUUUAUGAUGAUGAUGAUGGUGAUGAUAUGACCUCAACUAAUCUUAAUCCAGUAACAUAUUACCCUAAAAAAGGCAAGCAAACACACCUGAGCCACUCGUCAACGACUCCUGCAAAAUUAUUAAAAAUGAGCAGACAGAACAGCAGGUCAAGUAUAGUUACAAAUAAGUCGGGAGACAUCAGAAGAACUAACUACGGGUCAAUAAGUGAUGCAUUGAUAGGUAGUCGACUUGAUGACGAUGAGGAAGAAGAGGAGGAUUAUGCCCAUGAGAAGGUUACAAUGAAGUCAGAGAUAAAGGUUUUUAUCAAAAAUACCAUCCCAUUAAUUAUCACUUUCUGUUUAAGUCAAUCAUAUACCAUUCUUACGACAAUUACGGCAUCGAAAGUGUUUGGGAAAGACCAGCUUUCGGCAGUUUCUCUAGCAUCAAUGACUGCUGCCAUAACUUUUUCAAUAUUUGAAGGGAUUUCGACAUCUCUUGAUGUACUAUGUCCUCAGGCAUAUGGAUCGGGGAAUAUCAAGAAAGUAGGGUUGUAUACACAGAGGUCAAUUGCCCUUUCUCUUAUUGCGUUCAUUCCAUUUGGGUUUUUAUGGUGGCACUCGGCAUAUUUUUUUAGACUCAUAUUAGAGUCCGAAGAGCUUGUUCAGUUGACAUCUUCUUUUCUUAGAAUAUUGAUAUUUGCAGCUCCUUUCUAUAUAAUCUUUGAGAAUGCAAAAAGAUUUCUCCAAUGCCAAGGGAUCUUCAACGCUAGUACUUUGGUGCUCCUCAUUUCAACUCCAUUGAGUAUAAUAACAAUUCAAACAUUAGUUCACACUAUCGGUUUUUCAGGUAUUGCAAUUACCUGUGUUUUAAAUUUCUUAGUGAUGUGCACUUUGCUAAUUUCUUACAUUUUUGUUAUUGAUGGCAUGGAAUGUUGGAAUGGUUUUACGUGGGAUGCAUUCAAUGGCUGGGGCGAAUUAGUCAAAUUCAGUUUUGCUGGUGUGGUUUGUACAUUUUUAGAGGCCUCGAGCUGGGAGAUAUUGACUUUAUUUUCCAGUUUCUUUGGAGCUACCGCGUUGGCAGCCCAAUCCGCAAUCUCAACCGUGGCAUCAUUGGCAUUUUUUGUACCAUUUUCAGUGGGUAUCAGCUCCUCUACCAGAGUUGCUAAUUUCGUUGGUGCUAAUAGAAUAGAUGGACCAGCACAAAUCGUUGCCAAGAUUGGAUUAUCAGCCGCAGUAAUUGUUGGUCUUUUCAACGCCAUGGUGCUUUUCUUUGGCCGGUACAUAAUUGCUGACAUCUAUUCGAAUGAUCCCGGAGUAAUUGCGUUAAUAGUCAAAGUCCUCCCGUUUGUUGCAGCAAUACAGUUGUUCGAUGCGCUUAAUACGGUUGCUGGUUCUUUACUACGUGGUCAAGGGAUGCCAUACAUUGGAGGAAUCAUCAAUUUUGUGGCCUAUGACUUCUUUGCCAUUCCUUUAGCAAUGCUCUUAGGCUACCAUUAUGAUUUAGAGCUUGUAGGGUUGUGGAUUGGUAUAGGAUGUGGAUUGUUUGUCAUUGGGCUCAGUGAAACUUGGUACGUGUUGAAUGUGGACUGGGAGGAAGCAGUUCGCAAAUGUAGGGAAAGAAAUCGGAUCAAAGUUUGA